AUGUCCCUCUUGCAGCACGCCGUCAAGAUCAUCCCCUUCUUCACCUCCCCCCACCUCCCCUCUCUUUUGACCUUUUACAAAACCUACUUUCCGGACUUUACCAUCUCCCCACACCCGACCGAUGCGACAGACCCGACGUUCGCGUCCAUCUGGACGGGACCCGGGGCCGCGGCCAACAUAUACAUCAUCCAGGACGAGAAGCGAGCAAGGGGCAGCUGCAUGAUCAUGAUCGACUCGGUGGCUGCGCUGGAGGAACUCUACGCACGGCUCGUGGCGCAGGGGUUGUUGCGGCCUUCUUCAGACGCGGCUGCGUGGACGGGGAUCCCUGUGUCGGUGUCCACACCGAUAUUGGUCCACCCGCAACAGACUCGCCUGGGACCGUGUCAGGACAAACCAUGGGGAUAUCGCCAGUUCGACCUCGUCGAUCUGCACGGCAAUUUGAUCGUCUUCUUUGCGUUUCUGGGCGAGUAA